AUGUUUGAGCUGUUGGUGGCAAACUUGCUCAACCGGGUGCUCGGGCUGUAUGUCGAGAACUUCGACCUGCGGCAGCUCAACAUCGGCAUCUGGCUGGGGGCGGUCACCCUCAAGCACCUCCAGCUUAAGCGCGAGCUGUUGGACCAAUUGGGCCUCCCCGUCGACGUCGUGUUUGGCGAGCUCGAGGAGUUGCUGCUUGUCAUUCCCUGGCUGAACUUGAAGCUGAAACCCGUCCAGAUCAGCGUCAAUGGCCUCUAUCUUCUUGCCGUCCCCACCGCCACCAAAGCCUACGACGAGGCCGAGGCGAGACGCAGAGAACUCGCCGUCAAACGACAGAAAAUCGACCAAUUGGACGUGUUGGAACAGGACCAAACCACCACCACCAAUAACAACGAGGACGGCGGCGGGUUUGCCGCACUGCUUAUCACCAAGAUCAUCGAUAACCUCCAGAUCACGAUUAAGAAUAUUUACUUGCGGUAUGAAGAUACUGAAGGUCAAGGGUUAGCCGAAGACCCUUACGCAUUCGGGGUGCUGCUUGCUGAGCUCUCGGCGGUGCUGACGGAUGAGCUGUGGACCCCUCUGUUCAUCGCUAUCACUCGGGAAUUUACCCGCAAAUUGCUUACCCUUAGCCAGCUUAGUUGCUACAUGGAUACUGGUGCUGAGCUGGUACUUCUGGAUCUGGCCGACGUCACUAAGUCCAAAUUCACCGAUAGUGACGACCGCCAGUAUUUGCUUAAACCGGUGCUGGGCCAAGGUAAACUCACCGUACACAAGGGCGGCGCCACUGCCACUGUACCCCACAUCGAUGCCGACGUCGACUUUGAAGAGUUUGGCCUUACAUUGGAUGAUCGCCAGUAUCACGACAUAUUAUGGACGGUGCUGAAAUUUGAGUGGUACCAACGCACACUGAAGUACCGCAAGUUUAGACCCCAGACGAAAGUCAGUGAUGACCCUAAAGGUUGGUUCCAGUACGCUGCUAAAGCGGUACUUGAUGAGAUUCACACCCGUAACAAUCAGUGGACAUGGGCCCAUUUCAAGAAGCGGAGAGAUCAGCGGCAGUCAUACAUUGAAAAGUAUAUCGCCAAACUCUGUGGUGAACCUGUACAAGGUCUCGAGGAGCUUGAAGACGAUCUCCUGCUUGACGACAUCAAGUGGUACCGGUCAUUAGCUCGCGAUGAGAUGAAGCGCACGGGGAAGAAACCCAAGCCUCCCACAGAAAACCAGCAGCAGCAGCUGAAAGGAUGGUUUGGCGGCUGGUUUGGUGGCAGCGCCCCCUCAAAUACCCAGGUUCCCGGUGAAUUUGGCCUCACAGACGAACAAAGAGACGCGUUGUACGAUACCAUCGACUAUAAACAGGAUGUCACUCCCUACGGUGGCGACGACGACUGGAUCAAGUGGGUAUUAGCAGCUAACUUGACUCGAGGCGGCAUUGCCAUUUCCCGAGAGGCCAUGAUAGGCGAGAUGGUGUUCGAAGGGUGUCUGAUCAACGUGCUGCUGCUGGAGGCCACCACCAAAGCUAAGUUCGAUUUGCAUGAGUUUAGAGUUGAGGACGGCACGGGAACGCUGAUCUACCGCCACAUCGUUCUGGUACACGAUGUCCAGGAUGGGGCUGAGUGUGAAGUGGACGAGGACCCUUUUCUCUCCGUGAGCUACGCCUCCAACCCUAAGGCCGUUGGCUGUGACUUAAAGCUGAUGACAAUCUUUUACAAUCCUCAGUUCAUCGACGAGAUCAUCAAGUUUUUCACUCCUCCAAAGAUCCACUUAGAUACCAUUGGCGCCAUCAUGAGUGCUGCUCGUGACGGUGGUGGCGAAUUGCUCAAUCAAAUGACUCGUAUUGGGCUCGAGUACGCGUUGGACGAACACGAAACCGUCAAUGUGGCAUUGGACUUACAGGCGCCGCUCAUCAUUUGUCCCUUGGACCCGCUGCUGUACGACCUGGCGGUAGCUAUCAUCGAUGCUGGUCAUUUACGAGUGACGCUGGUUCCUGGUGAUAAAGACAAACUUGAGGAGAUUCGUGGUAAGAAGGAUUAUGGCGACGCUGAUUGGAAUGCUCUCAAGAAACUCAUGUACGACCGGUACCGCUUAGAGCUUACUGACGCUCAAUUCUGUGUCGGCCCCGAUAUUCGCCAGACCAUGGCUACUCUUCACCAGCCAGGCCCUAACCCUAGUGCCAUUCUUGAACGGUUCGACUUGAAUCUUGGUCUUGGAGUGCUGAUUCUACCUGAAGCUCCUCAGUUGGCUAAAGUGACUUUAGAUGGGGAGAUUCAACAAAUCAAGUUGACGAUGAACGACUGGCAGUAUAAGACGUUGAUGGAGAUCAUUGAUCGGGCUAUCCCCGCUGACGAUGAUUUACUGGCUAAGAAGGCUGCUGCUGUUGCUAUCAAAGACGAGACCAAUAAUAGCAAUGCUAAUGGGAGUGACUCCAAGGCUGUCAGCUCGUAUCAAGUGGACAAAAACCAGCACGUGUUUGAGCUCUCGCUUGUGGCCCACGACAUCGAGAUCCAGUUAGGCCGCUGUACCGACCCGGCAACGAUGCUGGCCAUUGACUUUGCCGACUUGAUUGGGAAGGACUUGAAAGUGAACAUUUGGAAUCUGGCGGCCCAAAUCCACGUUGAUGUCAACCUCCAAAAUCUCAAGGCCCACCAGGGGAAAACCACGUUGAUUCUGGGGCUUGUGGAUGCUAACAACACUGACCCUCUUCUCGUGGUUGACUACAACAGAAUCCUUAGAAUUGCUCCCUGGCAGGGACGCGACAUUGAUGUGUGGGAUCAGAAUAUUGAGGUAGAUAUUUCUGUUGUGCAAUUUGUGGUGCUUCGAGCGGCGUGGCUUCUGGUGCUUAACUUCAUCCAAAAUACCUUUGUUAACCCCAAUGCUCCUCCAUUACCAUCGGAUGAGUUAGCACAUAAUCUGGUGGACGAUGAAGAAGCCGCCCCUGCCAAGAUCAAUCUUUCGGUGAACUUCAAUCGCAUUUUGACAGACUUCGUUGAAGAUACUGGUGGCGUGGUAGGCUCCCUUAAAUUGCUGAGAGCUGCUAUCCAAAUGCUUAUUCUCCCUGAAGCGCUGAAAAUGAAGGGUAAUUUGGGUAAGCUUGUAUUGGAAGAAGGAGAACACCUGCGAGAACUUCUUUCGAUGGACGACGAGAAUCUUGUCGAGUUCCGCUACGAACUGUUCGACCCUACCACCAAUAAGCGUGAUUAUAUUGCUGAUCUUGAGGUGAAAACGGGAGCAAUUCUGGUGAUGUUUAUUGAACUGCUGUUGGUGGCAUUAACCACUUACUUCGCUCAAUUUGGUCGCAUGAAGGAAGUGUACGAUAAAGCUAGAGAUAAUGUACCUAAGCCUGAAGGUGAUCUCAAGUUUGAUAUUGUUGUCAACGCUCCUACAGUGGUAUUCCCAAAAUUGCGCGAUCUGGCUACUGUCAAAUUAGGGCAGUUUUAUGCUAAGAACCGGUUUGAAGAUGGUCACAAUUUGAUCAAUGCUGGUGUACGCGAUUCCCUGGUUUCCACUCACUUUGUGUUUGAACAGUGUACUCAAAAUUUGAUGGUGUUGGAAAACUUGGACAUCGCCUUUGAUGUUGACUACCACCCUUCAGGAAUUGUCAUUAAGGGUACUACACCCGGUAUUGAUUUGACGCUUACGGAACUCCAAGCCCGUUAUUUCUACUACAUUUCUCAAGCUGUGCAACAAGUGAUUGGUGACGAAGUGGCGGUGGCCCCAAUUCUGGCAGAGGAGAUUGAGUUUGAAGCUGCCAAUGCUCGUGCAGUGGGUGGUACUGAACCUGCGCCGAUCUCAGAAGUGAUCCCAGAAGAAACUGCUACUGAUGUCGCCAAGGAUGAAGACCCUAAACCCACUCCCUACUCGGUGAUUUUAAGCAUCCCUAAGGCUCUGCUUUCGCUUUACGAUAACACUGAGGCUCAAGAACUGAUCCAGCUGUGUCACCUUGGUGCCAUUUCGUUUACCGAGUUCUCCACAGAGGUCAAUCUGAAGGAUGGUAUUGAUUGGCAGAGUCACAUCACCGUGAAGCUGUUCCUGAUCAAGGAUACGAGAAAGGGCCCCUCUUGUUUCACCGAAAUUAUUCCUCCCACCAUUGGCGAUGAUAAGGACCAAUUUCUGGUGCAAGUGGCUAAAGAAGGUCGCCAGCUUACAGUGAUUUCGACUGUGGACCAACCUAAGCUUAUCAUAUCAUUGGAGUGGGUGUUUGCGAUUCAGAAAUGGUACCAAAAGACCUCGGAAACUCACCGCAUUGAUGGCGGUAGACGUCGCAGUUCUGCUCCUCGUCGUCUUAGUACUCAACUGGAUCGCCGUCAAAGUGUUUUGGGCGGAGCUCAACGAAGACCGCUGAUGACUGCGGCCCACCCGCCGAGUCUCCAGGCUGUUCCACACCAGCAAAAGCCUCACGAAGAACCUCCCACGAUUGUUGGCCUCAAUAUUAAUGUGCUUUUACCACAAAUUGUUCUCUUAGCUGACCCUACUAAGACUAAUCUGUUAGCCUUAGUCUUUAAAGUGGAACAGUUGCUCGUUACUCAGCAACAUACACUUAACGUGGCCGCCAACAAUAUUGGGCUCUACUUGGCGCUGAUGGACCAGCCUGAUAACAUGAACUACCGCAUCAUCGAUGACUUCCUGGCGCUGUUCAGCUACAACCAGGGCCAACUGAAUGCCUCGCAUUUGAUGACAAACAUGCACUUACUGGUGGACCCGAUGCUUAUCAAAGUGUCGGUGAAGGAUAUUCGUCUUGCGAUGACGGUCUUGGAAAGUGCGCGGGCAAUGAUGGACGAUGGCAGCGGUGCUCUGACUGCCGAAGCAGCUGACGAUGAAUCGGUAACGGGGUCUGAGCUGGAUGUAGCUACUAUCAUUACCAAUUUGCUUCCUGACAACAACAGUGACAAGGUGGUGAUCAACGGCGAGGAGGUGACGGCUCUGUUUGGCGGUAUCCGCUUCCUCUUGAUUGGUGAUGUCCACGAAUUACCAGUAAUCGACGGUCACAUUGAAUCGUUUGAAGCGAAGGCCACCAACUGGCUGCUGAACUUAGCCGCGGAAGCUCACCUCAAGCUGUGUAUUAAUGUGCUUAACUACUCGCAGCUGCUGUGGGAGCCGCUCAUUGAGCCGUGGUCGCUUGGAGUAUACUUGACGCGGCCGGAACACACGUUGCUUGUCGACGUGGUGCUGCGUAAUACCGCGGAAGUGACGGUGACUCUGAGAACUGUGGCGCUUUUGUCGCAAAUCCAGCUGUUGAUUACUAAUGUCGAUGAACCAUUGAAGCCUAGAGGUGAAGAUAAGCCAUAUUUGUUGGUCAACCAUACCGGUGAUCCCAUUACCGUCAAGGGGGCUGACAAAGAGCUUACUGUUGAACCAUGGGCGGAGGAGCAGUGGGCGUUUGAAGAUUGGAUUGAGGUACGGCAGCAGACGCCACAGAGACUGAUUAAUCCUGAAUUGGAAGUUAAGUUUGGUGACUUCGAAGAGUUGACCGUCUCCUUACGGGGUGAAGGGAAUGAUAUCUAUACCCUUGAGCCUGAACGGGACGGCACUCAUCUGAGACUCGUAUGUGAGCUUGCCUUGCGUCCUGAUAACGUCAAGAAGGUCAUUUUCCACAGUACGAUAACCAUCACCAACGCUCUGGAUCGGGGCCUUAAAGUGUUAUGCGAUGGCCACGAAGUGUCUUUGCCGUCAUCCGAACAAAUUUCAAUCCCUAUUUCUCUCGUCAAGCUGGGGCUGUGGCAGAUCGCUCCUGAUGAUGAUAACUACCGGUACCUGAGCACCAAUCUUCUGUGGACUACACUUAAAGAAAAUACUCAGCAGGUUAUUGAGUGUGACCCCAUCUCGUCAGACCACCAGCCGAUGUAUUUCUUUGUCGAUGCCAAGUACGACCCCAUGGAACCGUUGGCACAAGUGUACCCUCACAUGUCGAUCAUCGUAUCUCUGCCACUUGAGGUAGAAAACUUGUUACCGGUGUCUUGCAAGUACACUCUCUAUGACAAGUCUACUGGUCAGUCAUGGAAGGGAUCUAUUGACAAGGGCAAGAUUGGCUAUUUUGAUGUCGCCAAUACCAAAACGGCUAAAUUAUGGUUAUCUGUGGAACCUCAAGAUUACCCUGAGCUGGAGUUUGUCGCUGUUGGUGACCACGAUGCUCGUAUGGGAAUCAACGUUGAUGGUAAUCGUUUGGAUCUUGGGUUGCACCACCACGAUACUGCUAACAUGAAGGUGUCGGUGUAUGCUCCCUACGUCAUUCUUAACCAAACGAUGGUUGAUCUUGAAAUCAGUGAUAGCCAGGCCACUUCUUUGUUCAUCCUGGCCUGGCGUCGCGAACUGCCGCUUUUAUACAGCUACCCCAACGGUGGCGAUAAUAAAUCUCGUUCGAUAAUUCGGGCGGGAGAUACGGCGUGGACGGAACCGAUUUCGUUCGAACUGGCGGGUCAGGCAGUGGUGGCCACCGCUCGUGUCCAAGGAAAACAACUGGAGCGUAAUUUCGCUGUCUCUGUUGACUACGGUUUAGGGAUCUAUCAUCACACCAAGGUGGUGACAAUCACUCCGAGAUACGUGGUGUGCAGUCGCUACCCUGAACCACUUCAGCUCAUGGAACAAGGACGAGUCAAUCUGUCGACAAUCAUGCCCAAUCAAGAGUGGCCCCUCUACCACUUGCAUUGCUCGAUGACGAAGCUCAUCCUGCUUUCGUUGGCUAAUCAACAGUGGCUGCUGCCGUUUGCUCUCGACGAUGUAGGGCAAUUUACCGUGAAAGUUGUUCAUCCUGGGAACUACCAAGUGCUCGUUAAGGUGACAUCUCGUGUUGAAGGGGCUACCAUGUUCAUCACUCUUGAGCCGCUGACGUUGUGGCCGUUUUCGUUCCGCAACUACACCGACUACACCUUCUACUUGUACCAAACCAACCCCAACACCAAUGAGAACGGGGAGGUGGUGAAGAAUGAUACCGUAUACAAGCCAAUCUACUAUAAGCUUCCUCCGAAGCUGGUGAUGCCAUACGCGUACGACUACCCUAAUGCCAUCAUUAAGGAAGUGGCGGUGCGCUCAGGUGACCACGAACGGCUGGUUAACUUAUCCGAAAUUGGACCGUUGUCUCCGUUCCGUUUGGGCGAUGACAGCGUCGACAUGGACGUGAUUGCUGAUGGACCCACGACAACAUUCUCCAUCAGACCACCACAAGACCGCAACCUUGAAGAUGAAGACAAACAAGAUGAGGAGCUGACAAUGAUUAAAGUGGUGGCUAAAUUUGAAGGGGUGGGCAUUUCAUUGAUUAACCUGUACCGAGCGCAAGAGAUUUGCUACAUCACCUAUAAGGGGCUUGAGCUUCGCUACAAUGAGCUGGACCGUUUGCAAACGUUCAGUGUCAAGCUCAAAUGGAUCCAAGUGGAUAAUCAGUUGUACGGGGGCGUGUUCCCCAUUGUGGUGUACCCUCUGGUGAUUCCCAAACUGGGUCGCGAAAUCAACCAACACCCCCUGCUUUCAGGGCUGAUUUCGAGAGUGAAAGAUCUGCCAGAACUGGACGUGGUGCUGGGGGUCACCUUUAUUAAGUAUGCUACGAUUCUCCUUCAAGAGUUGCUGAUUGAGAUCGAUGAAGAUUUCUUGAUGGCCCUCCUUGACUUUGCCAAGGUUCCAGGCGCUCUGUGGUCUAACCAAGAGGCAAUUGAGCUGUGGGGUCCUCGGCCUCCUCUCCCCAAACCCAAGGACUUGGGGUCGCUGCUGCUUGACGUUUACUUCGAGGCGUUGCACUUACAACCAGUACAACUCAACUUAUCGUUCAUGCGUACUGAAAGAGUAAACACCGAAGGCGACGACGACACUGCUGCCCAUACUACGUCUACGCUUAUGUUCUUGUUCAACGUGUUGACUAUGGCGGUGGGUAAUGUCAAUGAUGCUCCCAUCAAGCUUAACGCUCUCUUCAUUGAAAACUUGAGACUGCUGCCAGCGCUUUUGACAGAUCUGAUCUCCAAUCACUACGCCCAACUGUUCUUCUACCAAGUGCACAAGAUCUUGGGUAGUGCUGACUUUUUGGGUAACCCUGUGGGUCUUUUCAACCAGUUGCUGCUGGGGGUGAUGGAUAUCUUUUACGAACCGUACCAAGGGUUUAUUGUUAACGAUAGACCUCAAGAAAUCGGUAUUGGCUUAGCUAAAGGUGGGUUGCUGUUCAUGAAGAAACUGGUGUACGGGAUCUCUGAUUCGGUGGCUAAAGUCACUGGUUCCAUCGCUAAGGGUUUACUGGCGGCUACUAUGGAUAGCGACUUCCAGGAACUGCGCCGCAAAUACUUGAGACGCAAUCGUCCCAAACACGCGUUGUAUGGGUUUGGUCUGGGUGUGGAACUGUUGUUUGACCUGGUGAGUCUGGGUCUUGCCGGUAUCGCCACUGCUCCGAUUGAAGGCGCUGAAAGAGAGGGUGCUGUUGGUUUCUUCAAAGGUAUCGGCAAGGGCAUGAUCGGUUUACCCACUAAGACAGCCAUUGGUGUGUUUGAUUUUGCUCUGAAUUUCAGUGAAGGCAUUCGUAACACCACCACCGUUUUUGAAAGUGAAGGGCUUGAUAAAGUGAGAAUGCCCCGUUACAUUGCUCCCAAUGCUCCUGUCGCCCCCUUCUCUCCUGGUCAAGCACAGGGUCAAUACUGGCUCAAAAACAUCGAUCUGGGGUCAUACAUUUCCCUGGUCUAUGUCGCUCACUUGACACUCACUGGCACUGAUAUGUGUGUGCUUGUCACCUACAGCGAGAUCAUCGUGUUUGACAUGAGUACUUUACAACUGAAAAAGGACGUGCUGUACGACCGGUUGACGGAGGUACUGAAGGAACACCUGGGCAUUGACCUCAAACUGCAAGGAAGAAGCGAACUUUUUGUUCCCGUCAGUGAUAAGGGUUUGAGAGAUUGGCUUUACGGCAAAAUUGGCAUGGCCGUCGCUGACUACAACACGAAGUUCCGCGUAGAGCCUUAA